UAUGAAAAAAGAAUAAUUUCCGGCAAAAUUAAAACGACAGUAAGAGGGAUUAAAGAUUAAAAUUAAGGCACAUUGAAAAAGGAGAUAUAAUUUGAACUCGGAAAUGAAAGAAAUUGACAGUAGAAGAGACAAACACGGAUUUAAAUCGUAAUCUCACUCGAGGAUUGUAACUCCAUCCCGAGGUGCACAUUAAUCUGCUAAUAAAUCGAUCAUUCGAAGCUUUUAAUAUCCCUGGAGGUCGAAUCUGAUGAAUUAAAAGUUAACAUCCGCCAUUAUCGAUUUCGCCUUGUCUUAAAACGUGCCGAGAUGAACUUUGAAGUCAAUAAAGCGUUCAAUAAACUCGAUCUCGGAAUGCUUAGCGGAAACGAAAAGCGUGCCGAAAACUGAUCGAUCAUGCCGGCGAUAGUCAUCGAUCGAUAAUAUUCAGACGUUGACGGGAUCUUCCGUCGUUUUCUCGAGUAGCGAAGGGUGUCGUCAUCGGUGAUCACCCAAUCGAUAUCAGGGCCUUAUCGAUCCGUCACCGAGGGAUAUUGUUGGGUUUAAAUUUACGCCAUGCGAGCUUUGUCUUUAUCGAUCGAUUAUUGAUACAAGCAGGUGUAAUACGCGUUUAUUAACGCGUCGGUUAAUUUUCGUUUGACUGACUCGAGGAUUAACCGGUGGUAACCAGACGUUUAACGUUGUUUCCUAAAAAUAGGCCAUGAUAAGACCCGGAACGGAUAAAACCGAGGAGUAUUUUUGUAACCCUGGUCGAUGCAAUCGGAGACCACAAUGAAUAUCCAGGAAAACACAAGUCUAUCGGAUCGUUUCUUAAGGCAUCGACGAGAAGUCGAUUGAUUUUGAAGAGGCGAAGACCCAUCUCAAGCUCGACGGAUAAAUGAUUCGCGAAUUAAAUAACGAGAUGCACGCUACCAAGUAGGUUUGGCUGAACAAACGACCGCCAAGGAGUCACAGAACUGAAAAUAUUACCAGCACACCAGAUGUCAUGGCCUUCUGCCAAAUUCUCUGCAUUUUGCAUAGCCUAUGACAGAGCCAAUGGACGCCGUGUUUGCAAAGCGCGCAAUUCGAGUUCGUUUUUUUACACCUUUCCCCUGCAGUUAUUUUUGGGAGAAACGCACUUGCAAGAUCAACGUGCAGACAUGGUGGACAAAUUGCACGAGUACGAGGGAGUCGCUGGUCGGAUUCACGACAUUCGCGACAAAUUCCGGGAGAAAUGGGACUCCUGGAAAGAGUGGACAAACGAAAUCCCGAGGGAUCGAGGGAUUGCUGGGGUCUUGAGCCAUCUUCGUGGCCCGCCGAAGUUAGAAAGAACUUUGGAUGACUAUUCCCACAUCUACAGGAGGAAAUCUCGGAGAGAACUGGUGCGGAUCUCCGCAGCAGUGAUGGGCAUCGAAUUUUCAUAUGCAGCGGAAACCGCAUUCGUGUCGCCGACAUUGCUGAAAAUUGGCGUCGACCACCAACACAUGACUUUGGUGUGGGCUUUGAGUCCUCUUGUAGGAUUCUUCGUCACUCCCGUUUUAGGCAGCGUGAGCGAUCGUUGCAGGUUGAAGCGAGGACGAAGAAGGCCGUUUAUCAUAUUACUGGCCAUCGGAGUCCUGAUAGGAUUGAUUUUGGUGCCCAACGGCGAAAGCCUGGGAUACACUUUCGGCGACAUCCCGGCAUCGUCUAAUUACACGGUGCCCCUUGGACACAGGACAUCAGGAAAGACAAAGCAAGAUUAUCCGGAGCCACCCCCUUCCUCCCACUCCUGGGGGAUAUUUUUCACAAUUUUGGGAACGGUUCUCCUGGACUUCGACGCCGACGCCUGCCAAAGUCCUGCCAGGGCGUACCUCUUGGACGUCACAGUUCCUGACGAUCAUGCCAGGGGAUUGAGUACGUUUACCAUCAUGGCGGGAUUAGGUGGUUUUAUGGGAUAUGCCCUAGGCGGGAUUAAUUGGGAUGCGACAGCUCUGGGACAGAUGUUGGGUGGACAUAUUCACGCAACCUUUACAUUGAUUACCAUUAUCUUCAUUAUUUGUGUCGCGUGCACCAUAACAAGCUUCAAGGAGAUCCCUCUUGAAUUGCUGGAAAAAGACCAGUUUCAAGAAUUCCACGAGAAGAUGUUGGCCGAAUGCCGCAAAGAGGAGUACGACAAAAUAGCGAACGACGAGUGCACGUCUUAUGGUACCUUGGGCAACGACCCCGAAGUAAAUGCAUCGAAGACGGAGGAGUUCGCGUUGAAGCCUCUACCGGUGGAGGAAAGUGGGAUAGAGAAGGACCCUGGCAAAGAUGCCGCAAAGGAACCAGCUAAGGAGAUCUCGAAGGAGCCCCCGAAGAGACCCGGCGCAGUGCCAAUGAUUCCUGAUGUCCAGCCCUCGACGGAAGGCAGCUACGUCAACUACGGAUUCGAAGACACGGCGGAUAUGAAUCCGAAGACCACCUUGGGGGAAUAUCUCCUUUCCAUCGUGUACAUGCCACACAGUAUGAGGAUGCUGUGCCUGACCAACCUCUUCUGCUGGAUGGCCCACGUCUGCUACUCUCUCUAUUUCACGGAUUUCGUGGGAGAAGCCGUGUACGGAGGCGAUCCAACGGCUCCUGAAGGAUCACUCCAGAGACAGCUCUACGAGUCUGGAGUGAGAUUCGGAUGCUGGGGGAUGUCCAUGUACUCCUUAUCUUGCGCCUGUUAUUCCCUCGUCAUCGAGAAGCUCAUACAACGAUACAAAGCUCGAAGGGUGUACAUCUGCGGCUUGCUCUUCUAUAGCACCGGGAUGAUGAUGAUGGCCUUGACCAAACACCCUGUCGGGGUCAUUUUGUUCUCCUGGACGGCAGGAGUCAUGUACUCCACCCUAUUUACGAUGCCUUAUUUACUGAUCGCACAUUAUCACGCAUCCUCCACGUUUGCUGUCACCGCUGAAGGAGAGGCUGUACCUAGUGGUGGAGUACGGGGUUUAGGUACCGACGUCGCUAUUGUGUCCUCCAUGGUCUUCUUGGCGCAAUUUAUUUUAUCCUGCAUCCUUGGGACCAUUGUCAGUGUGUCAGGGACGACUACUGCAGUAGUAAUGGUAGCUAGUACUUUGGCUGCUUGCGGCGCAAUUGCAGCUACCCAGAUCAUGUACUUGGAUCUUUGAAAUGACGAUAUAUGACGGUCAUGAAAUGGAUGAAAAUUGUACGUCAAAGAAAUUUUUAUCACGAGAAAAAGUGACUAAUCCAGUUUUCUCAAUCGUUUAUGCUCCGACUGCAUGCAUAACAAUAGUAAAUGUCGUAAUGUUUUUAAUGAAAUGUUAUUGAAUAUCGAAAUGUGUACGAUAAUAUAUAUAUAUAUUGCUAAUGUCGUGAAAUAGAUUAUAGGACACGUUGCACUAAACUGGUAAAGAUAUCGUGCAAUACGUAUCAUGGGAACUUGUCGUGAAUAUUAAUAUAUUAUAUUCUAAGGUUCAUAAUUAAACCUUAGUGAGUGAACCAUUGCAUAAAAUUUAUGAGAAAAUCAAACGUCGAGACGAGUUAUAAUAUUCUAAUAUUCUGUUGAUCUGGACUUUAUUUUCAUAAAUCAAUUACAGGGGAUUAUUCCACUAUUUCAGUAUUCUGAUAAUCCAAGACAUUACCAAUAAUCAAUCUGAUCGCGUAUGCACAAAUAAGAGUCUAAUUUAUUACUAUUUCGUUCGUGUAAAACGACUAGCGUUAGAAAGUGUAGCAUAAAAUUAUUAUAAUUUAUUAACACAGAAAAGGAGGGAUUCGUAUCGUUAAGUCAGAUUGUAAAUAUUCGUAUUAAGAACGAUUUCAUGUACAUAUUCGAGCAUUACGAAUAAAGACAUUAUUGUUGUUAUUACCUUGAAA